GACUUGAAACGUCUCAAUAACUUUAACCAAAACACCCGUUCAGGAGAUGAGGAUGGCAUGCCGCUAUAAAUUCAUUGUUCCACCUCCUCGCAUCUUCACAGCGCUCGCGCUGCUCUCGGCGCUCGCAGCGGCCGACUGGGGAUGACGGCGGGCAGGAAGACACCGCAGCUGAAGGGACACAGACACGCCGCUUCACCAGCUCGCCUCAGGCUGCCCCCUGCAUUUUCGUUUUAAUUUUUAUGGUUUUUUCCCCUCUCUUUCUUCCCUUCCUCCUGGUCCCAGCAGAGCCAAGGAAACCCACAAAAUAAGAAAGGAAGUGGGCCCCGGAGCUUGGAACCUCCGCAGCCGGCUUGUCCAGCGCAGCGCGGGGGCGGGAGGCUGCGCGCACCAGUUGCCAGCCGGGUGCGCGGUACCUGGCCUUACUUUUCUUGAAACAGCGAUCGUGCCUGCAUUUGGUGGUCUUUUUGUUUUUGUUUUUUUUCCUUUUCCCGUAUUUGCUGAAUCUCCACUAUCCGACUUUUUUUUUUUUUAAAUCUUUUCUUUCUUUCUUUCUUUCUUUUUUUUCCUCCUCCUCUUUCUGGAGCACGAAUCCAAACAUUUUCCCAAGCAACAAAGAAAAGUUCGCACGCUGGCACCGCAGCCGGGACAGGCUGGCGCUGCUGCCGGGCCCCCCUCCCUCCGACACUUGACUCAAUCCUGCAAGCAAGUGUGUGUGUGUCCCCAUCCCCCGCCCCGUUAACUUCAUAGCAAAUAACAAAUACCCAUAAAGUCCCAGUCGCGCAGCCCCUCCCCGCGGGCAGCGCACUAUGCUGCUCGGGUGGGCGUCCCUGCUGCUGUGCGCGUUCCGCCUGCCCCUGGCCGCGGCCGGCCCCGCCGCGGCACCUGCCCAGGAUAAAGCCGGGCAGCCUCCGACUGCUGCAGCAGCCGCCCAGCCCCGCCGGCGGCAGGGGGAGGAGGUGCAGGAGCGGGCCGAGCCUCCCGGCCACCCGCACCCCCUGGCGCAGCGGCGCAGGAGCAAGGGGCUCGUGCAGAACAUCGACCAACUCUACUCCGGCGGCGGCAAGGUGGGCUACCUCGUCUACGCGGGCGGCCGGAGGUUCCUCUUGGACCUGGAGCGAGAUGGUUCGGUGGGCAUUGCUGGCUUCGUGCCCGCAGGAGGCGGGACGAGUGCGCCCUGGCGCCACCGGAGCCACUGCUUCUAUCGGGGCACAGUGGACGGUAGUCCCCGCUCUCUGGCUGUCUUUGACCUCUGUGGGGGUCUCGACGGCUUCUUCGCGGUCAAGCACGCGCGCUACACCCUAAAGCCGCUGCUGCGCGGACCCUGGGCGGAGGAGGAAACGGGGCGCGUGUAUGGGGAUGGGUCCGCACGGAUCCUGCACGUCUACACCCGCGAGGGCUUCAGCUUCGAGGCCCUGCCGCCGCGCGCCAGCUGCGAAACCCCCGUGUCCACGCCGGAGCCCCACGAGCAUCCUCCGGCACACACCAACCCGAGCGGACGCGCAGCACUGGCCUCACAGCUCUUGGACCAGUCCGCUCUCUCGCCCGCUGGGGGCUCAGGACCGCAGACGUGGUGGCGGCGGCGGCGCCGCUCCAUCUCCCGGGCCCGCCAGGUGGAGCUGCUUCUGGUGGCUGACGCGUCCAUGGCGCGGUUGUAUGGCCGGGGCCUGCAGCAUUACUUGCUGACCCUGGCCUCCAUCGCCAAUAGGCUGUACAGCCAUGCUAGCAUCGAGAACCACAUCCGCCUGGCCGUGGUGAAGGUGGUGGUGCUAGGCGACAAGGACAAGAGCCUGGAGGUGAGCAAGAACGCGGCCACCACACUCAAGAACUUUUGCAAGUGGCAGCACCAACACAACCAGCUGGGAGAUGACCAUGAGGAGCACUACGACGCAGCUAUCCUGUUUACUCGGGAGGAUUUAUGUGGGCAUCAUUCAUGUGACACCCUGGGAAUGGCAGACGUUGGGACCAUAUGUUCUCCAGAGCGCAGCUGUGCUGUGAUUGAAGACGAUGGCCUCCAUGCAGCUUUCACUGUGGCUCACGAAAUCGGACAUCUACUUGGCCUCUCCCAUGACGAUUCCAAAUUCUGUGAAGAGACCUUUGGUUCCACAGAAGAUAAGCGCUUAAUGUCUUCCAUCCUUACCAGCAUUGAUGCGUCUAAGCCCUGGUCCAAAUGCACUUCAGCCACCAUCACAGAAUUCCUGGAUGAUGGCCAUGGUAACUGUUUGCUGGACCUACCACGAAAGCAGAUCCUGGGCCCCGAAGAACUCCCAGGACAGACCUACGAUGCCACCCAGCAGUGCAACCUGACAUUCGGGCCCGAGUACUCUGUGUGUCCCGGCAUGGAUGUCUGCGCUCGCCUGUGGUGUGCCGUGGUACGCCAGGGCCAGAUGGUCUGUCUGACCAAGAAGCUGCCUGCCGUGGAAGGGACGCCUUGUGGAAAGGGGAGAAUCUGCCUGCAGGGCAAAUGUGUGGACAAAACCAAGAAAAAAUAUUAUUCAACGUCAAGCCAUGGCAACUGGGGAUCUUGGGGAUCCUGGGGCCAGUGUUCUCGCUCAUGUGGAGGAGGAGUGCAGUUUGCCUAUCGUCACUGUAAUAACCCUGCUCCCAGAAACAACGGACGCUACUGCACAGGGAAGAGGGCCAUCUACCGCUCCUGCAGUCUCAUGCCCUGCCCACCUAAUGGUAAAUCAUUUCGUCAUGAACAGUGUGAGGCCAAAAAUGGCUAUCAGUCUGACGCAAAAGGAGUCAAAACUUUUGUGGAAUGGGUUCCCAAAUACGCAGGCGUCCUGCCAGCGGAUGUGUGCAAGCUGACCUGCAGAGCCAAGGGCACUGGCUACUAUGUGGUAUUUUCUCCAAAGGUGACCGAUGGCACUGAAUGUAGGCCAUACAGUAAUUCCGUCUGCGUCCGGGGGAAGUGUGUGAGAACUGGCUGUGACGGCAUCAUUGGCUCAAAGCUGCAGUAUGACAAGUGCGGAGUAUGUGGAGGAGACAAUUCCAGCUGUACAAAGAUUGUUGGAACCUUUAAUAAGAAAAGUAAGGGUUACACUGACGUGGUGAGGAUUCCUGAAGGGGCAACCCACAUAAAAGUUCGACAGUUCAAAGCCAAAGACCAGACUAGAUUCACUGCCUAUUUAGCCCUGAAAAAGAAAAACGGUGAGUACCUUAUCAAUGGAAAGUACAUGAUCUCCACUUCAGAGACUAUCAUUGACAUCAAUGGAACAGUCAUGAACUACAGCGGUUGGAGCCACAGGGAUGACUUCCUGCAUGGCAUGGGCUACUCUGCCACGAAGGAAAUUCUAAUAGUGCAGAUUCUUGCAACAGACCCCACUAAACCAUUAGAUGUCCGUUAUAGCUUUUUUGUUCCCAAGAAGUCCACUCCAAAAGUAAACUCUGUCACUAGUCAUGGCAGCAAUAAAGUGGGAUCACACACUUCGCAGCCACAGCCGCAGUGGGUCACGGGCCCAUGGCUCGCCUGCUCUAGGACCUGUGACACAGGUUGGCACACCAGGACGGUGCAGUGCCAGGAUGGAAACCGGAAGUUAGCGAAAGGAUGUCCUCUCUCCCAAAGGCCUUCUGCAUUUAAGCAAUGCUUGUUGAAGAAAUGUUAGCCUGUGGUUAUGAUCUUAUGCACAAAGAUAACUGGAGGAUUCAGCACCAAUGCAGUCAUGGUGAACAGGAAGUCUACCUAACGCACAGAAAGUCAUGCUUCAGUGACAUUGUCAACAGGAGUCCAAUUAUGGGCAGAAUCUGCUCUCUGUGACCAAAAGAGGAUGUGCACUGCUUCACGUGACAGUGGUGACCUUGCAAUAUAGAAAAACUUGGGAGUUACUGAACACCCCCUGGGCUUACAAGAAACACUGAUGAAUGUCAAAUCAGGGGACAUUUGAAGAUGGCAGAACUCUCUCCCCCUUGUCACCUACCUCUUACAGAAUGUCUUUAAUGGCAUCAUAAUCAUUUUCACCCAUAAUACACAGUAGCUUCUUUUUACUGUUUGUAAAUACAUUCUCCCUUGGUAUGUCACUUUAUAUCCCCUGGUUCUAUUAAAAUAUCCAUAUAUAUUUCUAUAAAAAAAGUGUUUGACCAAAGUAGGUCUGCAGCUAUUUCAACUUCCUUCCGUUUCCAGAAAGAGCUGUGGAUGUUUUACUGGAAAUUAAGAACUUGCUGCUGUUUUAAUAAGAUUUAGUAUAUUUUCUGACUACAGGAGAUAAAAUUUCAGUCAAAAAACCAUUUUGACAGCAAGUAUCUUCUGAGAAAUUUUGAAAAGUAAAUAGAUCUCAGUGUAUCUAGUCACUUAAAUACAUGCACGGGUUCAUUUACUUAAACCUUUGACCGCCUGUAUUUUUUUCAGGUAGCUAGCCAAAUUAAUGCAUAAUUUCAGAUGUAGAAGUAGGGUUUGCGUCUGUGUGUGAUCAGUACUUAAGAGUCUAAAAACUAGUUUCCUUGUGUUGGAAAUUUAAAAGGAAAAAAAUCGUAUUUCACUGUGUUCUCAAUUUGUAUUUUCACAAUUACUUUCUCUCUCCAGAGCUUUCAUCUGGUAUCUCACAAUGUAUGAUAUACAUACAAAACACACAGCAAGUUUUCUAUCAUGUCCAACACCUUCAACACUGGUACACCUCUUACCAGCAAGCCUUUAAAAUGCAUUUGUGUUUGCUUAUUUGUUUUGUUCAAGGGUUCAGUAAGACCUGCAAUGUUUUGUAUUUCUUGACUUAGUUUAUUAGAAACAUUAAAGAUCACUUGGUAGUUAGCCACAUUGAGAAGUGGUUAUCAUUGUUAAUGUGGUUAAUGCCAAAAAGUGGUUAAUAUUAAUAAGACUGUUUCCACACCAUAGGCAAUAAUUUCUUAAUUUAAAAAAUCUAAGUAAAUUCCUAUUGUACUAAAUAUUUUUCCCAACUGGAAAGCACUUGGUUGUACCCGUAAGUGUCUGAGUGAUGAAAUGUGAUGAUUCUCAGAAAGUUGUUGUUUUUGUUUCCAUAGCCUGUUUAGGUAGGUUGUGAGUUUGAAUAGUUAGACAUGGAAAUUAUUUUAUAAGCACACACCUAAAGAUAUCUUUUUAGAUGAUAAAAUGUACACCCCCCCAUCACCAACCUCACAACUUAGAAAAUCUAAGUUGUUUCAUUUCAUUGGGAUUUCUUUUGUUGUGAAACACUGCAAAGCCAAUUUUUCUUUAUAAAAAUUCAUAGUAAUCAUGCCAAAUGUGUCUAUUGUUAAAGAUUUGCAUGUGAAGAUCUUAGGGAGCCAUUGUUUGAGUUCUACAAGCUCAUGAGAGUUUAUUUUUAUUAUAAGAUAUUUUUAACAUAAAAGAAUUAUGUAACUGAUCACUAUGUCACAUCAUUUCAGUGGGCCAGGAAAAUAGAUGUCUCGCUGUUUUCAGUAUUUUCUUAAGAAAUUGCUUUUAAAACAAAUAAUUGUUUUACAAAACCAAUAAUCAUCCUUUGAAUUUUCAUAGACUGACUUUGCUUUCAAUGUAGAAUUUUUUUUUCUUAAUAAGUUAUCAGUUUGAGAAAUGAGGCCUGUACAAGGCUGAUAACCUAUAUUUGAUGCAGAUCACCCAAUGCCAAGGGCAGAAAGCAAUCCUAGUCAAAUAGGUGGGAAAAAAAGAUAAUAAUCCCAGUGUCAUUUGUCUGUGCAAAGAGAAUUAGGAGAGAGGCUAAUGUUACUUUUUUCCAUUUUGGAAAUAAUUUUAAUCAAGUAACUCAAAUGUGACAAAAUUUAUUUUUAUUUUUUGUGGUUAUAUUCCCAACAACAUUAAAAAAUACUUGAGGCAUAAAUGUAGUUGUCUCCUACUCUGCUUCUCUUACUAUACUCAUACAUUUUUAAUGUGGUUUAUCAAUGAUUCAUGUUUCCCUCAAAUAGUGAUCGUUUACACUUGUCAUGGAAACAAUCCCAGAGAGCUCAGAGCAAAUAAACCACUAUUCCAUGCUUUUAAGUAGUUUUCUCCACCUUUUUCUUAUGAGUCUCACUAGAUUGACUGAGGAAUGUAUGUCUAAAUUCCUAGAGAAGAUGAUAUGGACUGGAAGCUGGAAUUCAGAGAAAUGGAGUGUUCAAUAGAUACCAAGAAUUAUGAACAAAGGGAAAAUUCUAUACAACUCAAUCUAAGUCAGUCCACUUUGACUUCAUACUGUCCUUCCCCUUUCCAUUGUUGCAUCUUGAAUUUUUUAAAAUGUCUAGAAUUCAGGAUGCUAGGGGCUCCUUCUUUAAAAAAAAAAAAAGAAUUCAUCUGAAAACGCUCAGGUUUGUAAGAAUCUAAUCUCACUUACAUAACUAAGCACUCCAUAAUAAGUUUUAUUAAGUACAAAGGGAGCCAGAAAAAAAUGACAUUUAUUUCUUCUAGAUCAGAAAAAUUUAAAUUAAGCCCUGCCUUGCUGUUUAGAAAUAUAAGGGCAUUGUUAUAAUUUAUUCAAUAAAUUUAUCUUCCUUUGCCUUCCUGUGGAAACAGUUUUAUCCCACUAAACUAGGAAUUAGGGGAUAAAUCACAAACAAAAAAAAAGUUGCAGCACUGAAAAAAAGUAAUUUAUUAUUUUUGCAACUGGUAUGUGAAUUUGUGUGAUAAAAUUAUUUAUUCUUAUUUAACAAAAAUAUGUUCAAAUUUUUCUAUAUUUAAAAUGUUUUGCUGUUGUCCUACUUUUUAAUUUAUGCUUCAUGUUUAUGUAUAAAGUACACUUUUACACUUUGUGAGUUUACAUAAUAUACAGCACUGGUUGCUUUUGUAUUUUUUUACAGAAAGCUUUCUGUGUGAAGCAGGUGUGUAUGUAUAUAUUCCUCAUGUAUUCUUAUUCUGAUACUAUCAUUUUUCUUUCCAAGGAAAUUUUAAUCUGUCACGACUAAUAGUGUUCAUUACUUGUACCUAUGAUAAUAGGUCUUUUACAUCACAUUAACACUAAUUUUUCCAAGUCACAAAUAAGAAAAACACUUUUUCAAUGAAACAAGGUGCAAGUUUUAAAUUUGGGUACACAAAUAGCCUAGAAGCUUCCUACAGACGCUAAGACACAGCCAAUAAUCAGAACCUUUCACUUCAUCGAGAAACUUGGACAAGUCGAUAUUGAUGUAUUAGAUACUGAGGGAUACAAAUGAUAAUAAAACCAAAUGUUGUCUUUUUCUCCUUUAGAAACACCUCCUAAAAUUAAUAUCAUUUAGUCUCUAGUGUCUGUAGGAUUCUACAGAUGAGCACAAAUAGAUUGGGUUUGUAUAACAAAUGCUAAUAGUCAUAACUGUUUCUACAAAUAUGGGGUGUCCAUUAAGAGAAUGUGAUGUUUUCCUACUACUGUUGAAUCCCCUGGGGUGAUUAUAGGACUUGAAAUAGGCAGAGUCACCUCUGAUGACAUCAGCUUGCCUCCGUGAUUUCACAGUCUGAUCCUGGCAAUAAGACAAAGCACCCUUGGACACAUAGCCAAUCUCUGGUUGUGAUAUUUCCCCAUUGAUUCCUUCCUUGUUAACAAGGUCAUUGUAAUGGUUCAGGUGAGGACAGCAGCCAGAUUCAAAGUCUAGAACUUGUGCUGUUAGUUAGAGUUCACACUGUAAAAUAACAUUGAGUUUAAUAAUAAUCAAAUUUUUCUAGUAGUCUGUGGCAGAGUAUAUAAUCUCAUUGGCAUGAUUGGUGAAUAUUAUUAAUCUCUUUAUAAUGAAAUGAUGCUCUACAAAUACCUUAUAUUUGCUAACAUUUCAAAACUAUUAAAGAAAUGAAAUAGCCAUGUGUACAGAAAUGGUCAUCAAAAGCUUUAAUAGAACCAAAUUCAAGACAAUGUAUCAUUUAGACACACAGGAAAGGAACUUGUGUGUUUUCCCUAUUAUUUUUCUCAUUUCUCAACAAUCUAUAGUUUUAGAUUAUCAAACAGAUAAAUCAACUUAACUGGCCAGUACAUUGAAAAAAAUCUUGCUAAGAAUCCUUUGUUAGCAUAAUCUAUCGAGAUAAUUUCUCAAAUUAUAUUAUCAUGAUGCAUAUAAACUCUAUAAUGUAUAAUUGUGUUUCAUUUAUUUAAUGUAUGAGAACAUAUUGAAAUACAAAACCAUGCAUUAGCCAAAAAAUUGGGAUACAGGCGGUGUUCAGAUCAGCAAAACAUUCAAUCUGGUAAAUGCCUGCCUGGGGCCAUGGUAUCAUUCUCAAUGCAGGUUUUAUGGGAAAACUAAAAGAAUAUGUUGUUAGAUGAUGUUGGUUUUGAAAAAAAAUAAGACAUUAACAUACACAUUAGUUAGCCCAGUUAAUUGCAUUCUACUAAUAUAGUUGCACUUUAGCAAUAAUUUUGCUGUCUCUGGUCUUUAUUUUGUGGCUUCAACUAACUGGACCAUGUGGACUGUAAAGGUCAAAUGGAAAAAAACGAGCAGUGGCCCCUCAUCCUAUAAGGUACUGCUACAUCAGAGUGACCUAAAAGUCUAACACUGUGAGGAAAACUGUGAUUUGUAGGAAAAAAACAAAGAAACAAAAAACAGGGCAGUCUUUUUAAUUUUUUUUCCACUUUCCUUUGGCACAUCCAAUGAACAAUUCUAAUUUUUAUUGAGGUGCUAACAUCUUUCGUGACCAACUGUCAAAUGUGGUAUUUCUGAGUUACUAUUUUUCUGCAUGAUUUUACAGUUUGCAAGAAAGACCUCUAAGCUUUGUGUCACGGUAGGGCACAACUUGAUACUCAAAAUUUGAAAAAUAAGCACAUUCAAUGAUUGUUUUGACCAACAGUGGUCAGUGACAUAAACUGCAUGUGCAUCUGAGGACAUUUAAGGGGUCAUUAAAACUUGAGGAGCAUCAGGCCAGAGUAGCAGACUUUUAGAUGAGUCAUAUUUCAGCAUUCACUAAGUCCUCAGCAUUCCAUUCAAACUGUCGUGUAUAUUUGGCCUGAUUUUUUUUUCAAGCUUUGCAAUAGUUUAUAUUAUUAGUAAACACUCGGUGACUAUAUCUCAGCCUUUUCUUUAACAACUCACAAUAUAUUAGAAACACGUCUACCUAUACUGAGAGUAUAUUUACAAUGGAAGACCAUACUGUAUGUGACUUUGCAAAGCUAGACUUUUGAUUAAGAAAUAUAUAAUCUCUGGAUGGUAUUUUUGCAUUAUACACUCAGGUACAAAGUAAACAUUGAUGUUUCAUCUUGCUAAAAUUAGGAGUUGAAAAACACUACUUACGUAUUUGUAUGACCUAUUAGUCAGAGGAAAUCAUACAUAUGUUUUGUAAAUAGACUUUGCAGAUAACUAAAUAGACUGAAGAAAUAUGUUGCAUUUGAUAGAAGCAAUGGCAUAAAUAUUUGGUUUCUAUAUUAGAGUCUGUGAGUAAAGUCAAGUAAUAAACCUAAGUAGGUAUAACUGAGAUUUUUAAACCUUGAAACUUGCUUUGAUGGUAGAGAAAAUCAUUGAAGAUUUACAUACUGUAUAUAAGAUGUAAAAUGUAAGCUGCUUAUUACCCUCAAUUUUCCAGAAGCAAUGGUAUAUAAUGCAGUUGAAAAACCAAAAAUCUUGGAAAACUAAGACGGGUCUUGUUUAAAAUGUCUCUCAGCUUUGGCAACCUUCAAAUCUUAAUCAACUAUUUAAAGCAUUACUGUGUCUUGUAGCCUGCAUUCCACAACAGCUCUGUUAUUCAGGUAAAAGACUUGAACUGAGCCGUUUGGGGCCUAUACUGUAAUAUUUUCAUUGAGGAACAAUAUCCUAUUUUGUAAAGCACUUCCCUAUGUGUGACUUUAAACUGUAAAAUUAAACACUGCUUUUGUGGGUUCAGUGGGCAUAAUAAAUAUAAAUUGUAAACUAGGUUAAAGUAUGUACUGCAUAUAAUAUGUUUUAGAGUUGGAAACUAUUGUUCAUUUAUUUUUCAUUUUCUCAUAACAGUGGUAGCACCAAGCUGGGUCUCAGGGAAGUCCUAGGCUCUUUAUAAUUUCUAUCAUUGCUCACCCUCUUUGGCAUAGACAAUUAAUACUUUAUCUUAGUUAAAGUUCUAUGAAACUAUUGCUUCAAGUUCUUUUUACCAGACUAUCAACCCCUGAAGAUUGCAUACUAUUAAAGUUCUGGUGUUAAAUUAGAAACAGCAAGCAACAUAAUCUACCGCUUCAUUUUUAUUUUUUGUGUCUAAACUUAGUCCAGAUAUAAAGUUAAAGAGUUGAGAUAAUAAUGCAAGUAUAGAAAUUUAAAAAAACCUGAAAUUGACUAGCAAAAGUCUAUUUUAUAACAUUUAUAACAUUAAGCUUCCUAGGAGCAUUAAUUCUUUUUAAACCUGGAAUCAUUACUUUUUAGCGUACAUUUCAAACACUGAAUUUCCCUCUCAUAUCAAAUAAUAUUGUAGAAUGGCAGUACUUUAAAUUUUCUUCUUAGGAGGAUGUAUGCUUUUAAAGAAAUUAUUUAAAACAUCUAUAUUUUUUAAAAGAUGGUAUAAUAUAUACAUACACACUAGCUAUCAAAAUAUAGCUAAGAUUUGUUCAACAUCUCAUUGAGUUAGGCCCUGUGGUAAUCACCCCACAAACUUUCUACCACAAAUUUCUCUCCAUGCCUUUUGGCUCUUGUGAUACAAGUAUUAAGAUUCCAUGUUACAGAUAACAGUCACAAUAUAAUAGCCAUUAAUUAUUAGCUAUUCGGUUGGUGCAAAAGUGAAUCUGAGCGAGAGAUUGCAGGGUGGUUGAAGGAUUGACUGUGAGAGAUUAGAGAAAUGGACGGAAGUGUUUAUGCCUAAUGUGUAGGCCCCCUGAGUAAAAGCAAAAACGUUCCUAAAAUUCCAUUGAAAAUGGUAAGGAAACUAUGAAGAAUUAGGCAAGCAGUAAGGAUACAGUCAGGAGCUGAAGGUGGCAUGGAAGAUUGUUGUUUAAGGAAAGAGGAGAGAUAAUUUGAUUUAGAAAACUAAGAAAUUGCUGGUAAGAGUGUUUCAAAAAAGAGUUUGGUAUUUUACCUUACAAACUCCUUCACAGCUGGAAAUGAGUUGGGUCAGACAAGGUCAAAGGCAUAAAAGUGGUAAUGGGGAUAGCUUUUGGAUUAGGAGUAGAAUGAACAAAGGGGAUGCUUAGAAAUGGAACUCUAGAUGUUUGUGAAGUCCAAAUCAUCUCUCUUUCUCAGAUUCUGUUGGGUCUUUUCUGAUAUAUUAUUGAUAUAUCAUUGAUUGAUAUAUAUUGAUUAUCUGAUAUAUUAUCUGUUCAAUUAAAUUCAUGUUUUCCCACAAAAUAAAUGAUUAUAUGUCAUUAUGUAGACACAGGUGAGGGAGUGUAGUAAAAUAGCCCUGCUUUUUCUAGUUCCCUUCCAUGUCUAUCGCAUAAGGAGACACGAUGCCAGAAUGAUUAACCAUCUGGGGCAGUACCUAGCCCAAGACCUCACUCCAACGUACAUUCAUAAGAUUUUCUGUAAUAUAAAUUCUCCUUCUACUUCCAGCUACCUACAUUGCUUUGUCUCCCUACUAAGCCUCCAUUGGGAUUUGCUUUGAAUUGGAAUUACAGACUUCUUGUUGUUAUUUACUAUAAGAAGCAUCUAAAUCUUGGAAAGCAUGGAAAAAUAUUUUUUAAUCACUUAUAAGUAGACUGCUUCCAAAAGUAGUGGCUCAGCUAGUUUUAGAUUUCAAAAAGAGUAUUUUAUCUACAAAAAUUUGAGAAGCAUUAACUUCUUCAUCUUCCAAAUAUGUCUGGUACCUACUAGACAUUGUAAAGAGUCCACCUAGAUUGUUUCUUUACUGUCAAGCUCCUUUACCACCCCUCUGCCUGUUCAAAGAUGUUGCUUUGAACACUCAAAGGAAGUGCCUGACUAUGACCAGCUAUAGGAGUGUCAGACAGAAUAUUAGUAUAUAAGAACAAGCAAUAGAUGUCUCUUUUUUUAAGAUUAUGUUAAGACCAGCCAGUUCAUAGCUCCUACACUGCUACCACUUGAGUAGAAUCCUUCAAUCUUUUCUAUCCUGAACAACAGCAAAUGCCUCUUUAUGGGACUUCUUGCUGCCUUCAGCAGCUAGACUAAUAAUGAAAAACCUUAAGUGAGAUCAUUGAAAUCCUCUGCCAAAUAUUCUCCAACACCUUACUAACUCACUGAAAGUAAGAAACAAUCUUCUUUCCACAGGCUUCAAGGCCCCACAGGAUCUGAUACCACCGACCUGUCUGAUUUUCCCUCUUUUUCUCACCCCUUGGUUCACUCCCUAGCUACUUUGCCUCUCUGCUACUCUUUACGUCAUCAAGUUUAAGCCUUUUCCAGAAUCUUUUGCCUAAAACACUCUUCUCCAGAUAUAUACUGGCUCCCUGUCUUCCUUCAAGUCUCUACUUAAAUGUUAUCCCUCAGAGAGUCCAUCCCUGAGCCCCCUAAAUUAAAUAGACACAUUUCUCCUUCAUUUUUGUUCAUGUCACUUAUAAGUUCCUGAAAUUUCACCAUACCCUCAUUUGUGUAAGUCUGUUAUCCCUAUCAUAUAACCAGAUGUAGAAAUGUACAUACUUUGAGAGCAUACUAUUUUGUAUCAUUGCUGUAUUACCAGUUCCUAAGAAGGUACCUGGCAUAUAUUAAGAGUUCAAUAAGUACUUGUUGAAUAAAUGACUGAAUCAAUAAAUUGA